UAACAAUUUUCUUUUCUGGUAUAAAUUAGAUUAGAAUUUUAUAUGUACCGGCAUAAAUAACAAAAAGUAUCUUAAAAGAUGUAAACUAAAUAGCGGACCUCCCAGCUUGUGAGUAUAAAUUCAUUUGCUUUGUACCAUCUCUCUCUGUUUCACUCAGAACACUCCACAUUUUUCACACAGUCACACACACACUCUCAACAACAGCAGCACCAAAAACCAUUGGGAAAAAUGGCCAAUAUUUUCAGAAAAAAUUUGUACCUCUGUUUCUCCAAGAUCAAAUGUCUUCCCACAAAUCUAUCACCUCCAUUAACAAUUGAUGACGACGAAGAAGAUGAUUACACUCUGUUUCCUUCCAAUCCAAGCUGUUCUGUCAACACUUCAUCAUUUUUCCUCAAGAAUUUCAACUCCCUUUACAGUAACAAUGACUUAAUCACCUCUGACUCAAACUCAAACUCAAACUCAAAGUCCCUCACUUCAUCGGACUUGCUGUCUUCUUCUUCGUCAUCGGAUGAAUAUUCCGAUGACAAUUACAUGACUGACAUCAUCCCUGAUUUCUCCUCUGUUUUCGCUUCAGAAAGAUUCUUCUUUUCCACUCCGGGCAACUCAAACUCAAUUGUUGAGUCACCAAAGAGUCUGCCGGCACCGGAGCUUACAUCAACGGAAGUGGUCUCCGGUGGUGUUGCAAUUCAGACUUACUCGCCGGACCCUUUUGCGGAUUUCAGGAAAUCGAUGCAAGAAAUGGUGGAAGCCCACGGGAAAGCUGAUUGGGAAUUUAUGCAUGAGCUUCUUUCUUGUUAUCUCAACCUGAAUCCUAAACAUACCCACAAGUUCAUUAUUGGGGCUUUUACCGACCUGAUUGUGUCGUUAAUGUCAGCCACAACCGCCGCCGCCGCCGCCGCCGGCAGCUGCCUGAGCAACGUCAGAGAUAAUAGCGACGGCGGCGACCAACAGAAUUGUUCCACAUCACAACCACUUGUGUAAUAAAACUGUAAAGAUGUAACCUUUUCUGGUUCUUAUUUUAGUGUAUUCUUUUUAGCUCUGUUUUUACUUGUGAGCAAAACUUUUUUUUAGCUCUGUCAAAAAAGCCUUAGAGUAAGAUUUUAGCUCCAAUUUUGAUUGGUGGUGGUAUAAACUAUAAAGUUUUUAGGCUUUUUAUUUUACCUUUUUCCUUUUUUCCAACGGUAAACUAAUUUUGCCAAUUCGUCCUAUUUUGUUACAGUGGCCUCAAGGACAAGGUAGUUUUUUUUAACCUCGUUAUGGCAGUAAUAACUUUUGAGCUCCUACUCAGGCGUCGAAAUAGGUUUCUUCUUGAUAUCCUUUACUUUAAUUACUCUUGUCGUCCCAAAAAAUAGAGUAACGUUUCUAACUCCGUCUAACAAUUAAAGAAUUGUUUACUAUUUGGAGGAUGAUAACUAGUUUUUAGUUUUGUUAUCUUAGUUGAAAUACAUUGAGAGUAAAUUUUGGUGAAGCCACGAUCUUACCAGAGCGUGAUAAGUUAAUUAGUGUGAAACAAUUCGUCGCAAAAUUAACCCGCACCACCG